AUGUCAUCCAACGUCGGUCUCUCUACGCCGCGCGGCUCAGGGACGUCCGGGUACGUACAGCGGAACAUGUCCUUUUUACGACCACGGGACGCGCCGCACCCACGGGACCGCGACAGCCUCGACGCGAAAAAAUACCAGCAGCGGGCGCCUGACGCGGAGAUCCUGCUACACGACCGGAAGCGCGCGGUGGAGGUGAAGUGUCUCGAGCUGCAGGACCGGCUCGAGGAGGCGGCCGAGGUCGACGAGGAAGAGAUCGGGAAGCAGGUGCAGAAGCUCAGGGUGCAGCUGCUCGAGGAGAUGGAGAGGGGCGGUGGUGGCAUAGAUAGGGGAAGGCUGAAGCCGCAUAUGGUCCAUGAGAUUGCCGCGGCGAAGAUGGUCGAGUCGGAACGGCUGAGGAAUGCGCUCGGCAUCUCGAAGGACUACGAAGAGGGCAGUCAUUGGCGCCGCCAGGAGGAGGAGAAGAUCCGUCGGUUGGAGCAGCGCGAGAUGGGUGCGAACCCGGGCAAUAACAAUUCUCGGAGACGGAGCGCGUCGCCGCCGAGAAAACGGAUGUCGCCGCCGCCGAGGAGGGAGAGAGCUGGCAGGAGGGAAGAGAGGAGAGACGACAGGAGAGACGACAGGAGGGAAGACAGGAGAGAUGAUAGGAAGGAGGACAGGAAGGAGGACAGGAGAGAAGAUAGGAAGGAAGACAGGAGGGACGACAGGAGGGAAGACCGAAGGGAAGACAGGAGGGAAGAUAGAGGUGGAAGGAGGGAGAGGGAGAGGUAG